CAUCGAGCGAGCGAGACCGCUGUGCGUCGUGUGUGCGUCCGCGAAAGACGACUCAUCCUCGGUUUUACGUACCGCGAAUGUGCGCAGUAUCCUUACAGUCGACUUCGGUGUCCUCGUAUCGCUGUUGAACAGGAGAGAGAAGAAACAAAGAGUAGUAGCAGAGAUACUGAUUCGCCAGCAGUAGUGUACCGUGUUAUGUAAUAUCGACGCCACCUUGGCUCAGAAAACUCAGGGAUCAGGAAAGGUGAAGAGAAACGGAGUAACGCAUUCCUUCUCUGCCUAAAAACAGGUGGCUCAACUGGUUCGAAGUGGCAUCAGUAGCAACGGUACAGUCCAUUCGAUCGGUACUCGUGUACAUCGAUCGAUCGCGAUACGCAACGGAUAGUGAAUAUUGUGUGUUGUGAUCGUGUGAACGAUCGAGCUCACCGGAUGAGAGCAGCUCACCAGAUCAGUAGCUGAGCUGAAAAAAGGACUCACUGAAGAGAAGCAGACGGAGAUCAAGCACGCACACAGAGACACCAAGAGAAAAAUCCCGUGUUGUGUGUGAGAAAGAUCGCAGACGCAGCAUAAGAAGAGGGACAGCAAAAAAAAAGGGCUCGUCGCCUGCGCGAUGAGAAACCUGCUGAGAGCAUCAGUGCUCGUCGUACAAGAUCGCUAAGGGGUCGCUGGAGGCAGCAGAAACCCCAGAGAACCGAACACAACCCGAAAAGCGAAGCGCGAAGAGACACACAUAACAGAACCCGGAUCAUCUCGGAGCGGAUCGAGCGUGCUCCGUGCUACAAUACAGAGGGUUCGAACUAGCACGAGAAAGCGGCAACAUAGCCGAGCAGCCAGACAACCCAGCCGGCCGGGUCGUGGCCGAGAAAGGAACGUACAAACCCGAUCGUUAAGACCCGCUAACGAGAAAAGCGAAACCUACGGUGUCGGCGGCAGCGGCUGACCCAUCUUUCAUCCGGUGCUGCUGCACUUUGUUGUACGUCUCUAUGCGUCUGUGAAGAAGUGUCCGUGUGCGCUGGUGUUGCGGCUGGUGGCUUUGGUGUAGUGGCUUGUCGUGGCGUGGAACAAUAACAGUGAAGAACGAACGCACAACGGCAUUCCAACACGUCUUCGAAUGACCGGUAGAUAGCCAGUGAUGGAACCUCUACGCCAUCUCUACUCGUGAACGGUUUGCAUAGAGUGACGAUCCGAUCGGUCCGCGUGAUCGGUGUGACUAGUGGUUUGGCGCCAAAGUGACCAAGUUCAAGUGUUCAAGUGUCGUGGUUAAUCGCCCGGGUGAAAAGAAAAGAAAGAAACAAUGGCACACUCGGUGUUGGCGAAGUGCUGGUGUGUGGUGUUAUUGCUGACCGUGGUGGCCGCUGCGAGUAGCAGCAGCAGCAGCAGCAGCAGCAGCAGCAGCAGUUCCGACUUUACCGGUCAGCGGACCUGUGAACCGAUCCGGAUUGAGCUGUGCCGUGGUAUCGGCUACAAUGAGACGUCCCUACCGAAUAUCGUCGGCCAUGAGCUGCAAUCGGAUGCAAACUUUACGCUGCAUACGUUCUUUCCGCUGAUCCAGUUCGGUUGUAGCAAGCAGCUAAAGUUUUUCCUGUGCGCCACGUACGUACCGAUGUGUACGCCCAAGGUUUCGAUGCCGAUCGGACCGUGCCGGAGUCUGUGCAACACGGUCAAGAACCGGUGCCAUCCGAUACUGCAGGGUUUCGGGUUUCCGUGGCCAUCAGCCCUCGAUUGCAACCGAUUCCCGGAGGAGAAUAAUCACGAGCACAUGUGCAUGCAAGGGCCGGGUGAACCGGCCGACGGUGAUGUGCUCGUAUCGGACCGCCCGUCCUGCCAGGGGCUCCAGAAAUCGAACCUGUACGUCCAGCUGAACCGUUCCGGGCGCUGUGCUCCACUCUGCGAGGCCGACAUUCUGUUCGAGCAGGACGAGAAACAUUUCGCGGAGGUGUGGCUCACGUCGUGGAGUGUGGCCGCCCUCGGGACGGCCAUCGUCGCAACGCUCUGUCUCAUCCUGUCGACCAAGCGGUGGGACAAGAGCCUGAUGCCGCUCGUCAUCAGCCACUGCCUGGUGACGGUCGGAUGGGCGGUGCGGUGGCUGGCCGGACGUAAUGCGACGGCCUGCGGCUACGAUCCACAACUUCCGGGCGUCGCCCUGCUGCUGACCGAUGGCCUAUCGACCGCACCGUGUGCGGCCACGUUCCUGCUACGCUACUACUUCGGCCUGUCGGCAGCUGUCUGGUGGGCUAUUCUGUGUCUCCGAUGGAGUAAAUCCGUUCGCCGGCUACUGAGCACCAGCGAGCUCGGUGGUCCAGAUCCGCACACCGAAAAGUCGGACGGUUCCUACGACACCCUGUGCCAGCUGGCUGCCUGGGGCAUUCCGGCUGUCCUCACCGUCAUCGUCCUAGUGGCACGGCUCGUCGAUGCGGACGAAUUGUUCGGUUCCUGUUUCAUCGGAAACCAAUCGGACCGAGCACUGCUAACGUUCGUGAUCGUGCCGUUGCUGUCGAGCUGGGUCAUCGGUUCCGGCUAUCUGUUUACGGCGUACCUGCGGAAGCGCUCGGCGGCCGCCUCACUCGUGCACGCCCUGCCCGUCCACAUACACGGGAUGGGCAAGUUCCUGUUCAUCUACACCGUUCCGACUGCGGCCCUGCUCAUGCUUAUGUUCUACGAGUAUGCGUGCCGGGAGAAUUGGCUACAGCUGCCCCAUCCUUCGCUCGAACCCGUCUUGCCGGCCCGGACACCACUGUGGCCGUUCCUGCUGCGUGCCUUCAUCGAGCUGCUCGUCGGUGUGCUGGCGUCGGCGUGGGCUGUUGGACCACGGAUCGUGGGCCUAUGCCGGGGUAACAGUGCGCCUACGACCAAGCUAGCCGGUCCGGUGUACAAACAACCGCCACCCAAACUGGCCGGUUUCACGACCGGUGCACCGUCAACGUAUUCGACCGCCUCGUACCAGACGGUAUGCCCCCAGAACUCGUUGGUAUCGGUGUCGAUUGGGAAGCUACCGCCACCGAGACACCAUACGGCCCGCAAGUACCAGUCGCACUCGCACAUCAACCGGAAACCACGCGGCUACAAGAUGUCCACCCAGACGAUCAGUCUUACCGGCAACGAGACGGUCCUGUGAGAGUGCACCUAUGGUCGGUGGUGGCGAGCGAGAGGUGGAGCUGGUUGGUUCCCGCCAGUGGGGCCGCAAAGUUGUGAUAUUAAUGUUUAGGAACUAAUUUAUUACCUAAAGCGCGCAAGGCUCAUGGCGUGGCGGUGGCCAAAUGGUGACCAGGGCAUGUCAUUGCGUCGAAGCGUGGGGCAUCUGGAGUAGAAGGGAUACAGAGAGCGAAAAGGAGAGAGGGAGAGAGGGCCAGCGAUCGCUGGGGUAGCGAGAAAGGUGAACCAUCGGGUGGUAACAUAAAAAUCAUUUAUAUCAGGAUACUUAAUGCGCCAAGGAGCAUGGUGCUCGUAGGACGAGAGAGCGAGAGAGAGAGAGAGAGAGAGAGAGAGAGAGAGAGAGAGAGAGAGAGAGAGAGAAAGAGAGAGAGAGAGAGAGGACAGGAGGGGUUUAAUUAUAUACGGCCAGAGGGAGUUUGUUGUUCCAGCCGAGGAUCCUUUGCGCCAUCGUCGUCGUCUUCGUUUCCUUGUAGUCGUUUCGAGGAAAGAGGUUAGGGCGCCUCAUACACCAGCCCGCGUGUCUGUGUGUGCUGAUUUGACUUAACGAAGUGUCAGUCCCAGGCGCUUCACUCUCCGGGGCCAAUUCAAGUGGCCAGUUGGUGGGCUUCUUUAUGCCUUUUCGUUCAUAUAUCUACCAACCGAUUACGUUCGGCUGGCCGGGUGCACGACGAUCGGCGAUGAAAGUGAUUGGCAUGCUACGAUGGUUUGUUGGCGAACAUUUUCCAAAAUUGGACAUCGAUUUUUGCCUCCCUUCUCUCCGCUGCUGGCCACAUACAAUAUGGCCACAGGGAAUCCAGCUUUCUCGUUAAAUUUGUUUAAAACAGAAACGCACACGCCGGUGACCUUUUCG